AUGUCACCGAGUUCUGCGGUCAGGUCAUCCCACCGCGCAAUUUUGCAGGGCUUCCACACGCAACCCUGUGUGGAGUUUCAGAAGGGCUACUGUGCGCUUCAUCGAGUGAGGGGCAAGACCUCCUUGUGCUUUAGCUACCACUUUGAUUCUCAGCGUCGACGCCCCGCAGUGACCGCCACUGGACGGUUGCGGUAUUGGGACAUGGCUUGUCAGAGCAUGACUUCAGCGUCACUCUGUCCGGAUGGAGACGACUGCGUUUUCGCCCAUAGCCGUGACGAGAUCUCCUACCAUCCGGCCAAAUUCAAGACUCGAAGGUGCAAUGGCAAAGGAUGCCGUGGUCAGGAAAUUUGUUGCUUCGCUCAUGAGGAGGAAGAGCUGCGAAGCUGGGCCCCUGAAACUUAUUCCUAUUGGCUACUGGUUUACAGAGGUGCUGGCGAGGUCGAGGAUCCCCAGAGGACGCUUCGACGCAAAGUGCGCUUCUGUGCUUCUUUUCCAAACGUGGGCCAGUGCCGCCGUGGGGCUAGCUGUGAGUUCGCCCACUCGCGAGAGGAAGCGCAAACUGAGCUACUGUCAGAGGCGCAAGAACAACAGGUGCCCGAGGUGCUCACAGAAGACUUCUUCAUGUACCAAUACAAGACACUCUGGUGUCCCAUUGGCGUUCAGCACGACUGGCAGAAUUGCGUCUAUGCCCACAACUACCAGGACGCUCGUCGGAAGCUUUCCAUUGGCUACGGCCCGCAGCCCUGCCCUCACUGGGCCAAGAAGGACCCAAGUUUGGAUUACGAGCAGCGUUGUCCACAGGGCUUUUGGUGCCCCUACGCGCAUGGCGCGAAAGAGCAGUUGUACCACCCCAGGUAUUUCAGGACUGUGGUCUGUCGGGACUUGCGGUCAAAGGCGUGUCCCCGCGACCGCCUCUGUGCAUUCUUCCACCGCCGCGCCGAACGGCGGCGCCCACCCCCCGACGAUACGGACUACACGAGGCCACUGCCCAACGAGGCGAUCUCCGACGAGUGGCUCUUCAACUUUCAGCGGCCGCCCUUCAGUGACACGGCGCCCACGGGACGCACUGAAGCCAAGCCUUUGCCGGCGGGCAGCGUGCCGCCAGGCUUGUGCCCUGACGCUGCACCGCCCGGAAGCACGGCGCACGGCGGCAUCGAUACCGUGAUCACCUCAUGGACCAUUUUUUUGUCCACGAGGCUGGUGUCAUACUUGGACAAGACGCUGCCGCCGUUUAUGUCUCUCCGGCUUGGUGAUUCGUGGUAG